AUGUCCAGCUGCAGGGCAAGUUUUGUGUCGAUCUUGAACAAUGAUGAUAACCCAUCAUUUGCUGUUCGAUCGGCUCACGGGAUAUCCACCUCCUCACAUCCAUACCAACUAGAGCAACCGUCAUCAAAACCGCCAUCCGAUUAUCAUUUUGGCAGAACUUACUCCGACUCUCCAUCGCCGAGGGUAACACGACACCCGUUUGAUCCCGUUACAGAAGCUGCUCAGCCAGCAUCACCCGGUUCCUCCGAUUGCUCAUCUUACGACUAUACGGCCACUUCAAGCGCAGGCUCCUACCACCAACCCACCCGUUCAGACCCCUACGCUUACCGACUGCCUUCUGAGAAGCGCCUCAGUGCCAAUUCUGUGGGCGACCCUCCAUCUCCCCAGACCUCGAUUGCCAGCACGUCUAAAGAGUCUGUCGCUCCCAAACCAGCUCGCAAAAACAAGUACCCUUGUCCAUUCGCGGCUAGCCAUGCCUGUACCGCUACAUUCACAACUUCCGGCCAUGCUGCACGACACGGUAAGAAACAUACGGGAGAGAAAAGCGUACACUGCCCGAUCUGCAACAAGGCUUUCACGCGGAAAGACAACAUGAAACAACAUAUCCGCACCCACCGAACACAUUCCGACGACAUGUCCUCCAACGCCACCGAGCGGGACAGUGACGCGAACAGCGGAUGGUCAAGCAGGAGAAAACACCCAUACGAUCAUUAG